GAUUACGUCCACUUGAACCGGUCUCUUCGGUGUGACGGUGGAAGAGAAUGGCUCCAUAUGCAUUGCCUGGUCUUUACUAGUUUUAAACCCGAAGCCUUCAACGGCGCACGCGACGGUCAAGUCAAUGCAGCUUUUGUGAAGAAGUGAAAUAAAUAGUGUAGCGGUGAUUUCCAAACGAAGCAAAAUGAGGCAAUCUUCGACGUUAAUAUUGCUGGCGGUUAUGGUGGCGCAGGCCUACUGUGCACCUCAAUUAAUUUCCUUUAAAGACGGCAAAAUCGGCGUAAACUUCGCCGGUUACCAUGCAGCAGCUGGUCUCGGAGGUUUAUUGGGCAAUGGCGCAACCGGUGGAUUAUUCGCUGAAGCCGGUACUCCACACGGACAGUCUGCUAGAGCCGGUCUAGGUGGCGCCGUAGAUGCCAACGGUGGUUCUUCAGGUGGUUUGUAUGCUGGAGCAACGGCAGGAGGCAAUGUGAAGGCGUCUGCAGGCCUAGGCGGAGGAGUUACGGCUGAGAAAUCUGCUGGAACAGGAUACGCCACUGCUCAAGCUGGAGACAGAGUUGCAUCAUCAGGACUGGGAGGCGAGUCAUCCGUUGAAGGAACAUCAGGAUUUACUUUCUCUGGAACUAAAUCCUUUGGUGUUUCUAGUGGAGUUGUAAAACAUGUUGAAGUAGCCCCGCCGUUAGUACAGACAGUUGAAGUGGUAAAGCCUGUACAGAAAGAUGUUACCGUUGACUUGAAAAUUGAUGCCGAUAAUGAAGUUAAACCUCUGCCCCUAGCGAAGGCUGAAAUUGAAUCUAAGUCCGCCGUAGCUGCUGAUUUUGAUGUCAAAGCUCAAGCCCCAGCCACUGUGCUUGUCAAAGAAGUAUACGUUGAGCCGCCUCCACCGGUAGUUGUUGAGAAGCAUGUCUAUCACAGAGUGAAGCCUCAUCGUCACCAUUUCCGUAAGACUGCUUAUAUUGGUGGUUACAUUGGAGGUAAUGGUGGUUUCGAAGCUCCUCCACCUCCGCCGCCACCAGCACCAGUUGUCUACAAGACUGUUCAUGUUCAACCUGCCAUUGAGAAGAGAGUCGAUGUUGGAGUAGAAACUGACGUCCACGCUGGGGCUAGUGCUGGAGCGAAUGUUGGAGGUACCGGUGGCGGACAAAUUGGUUACACAAAACAAGUCACCUUCCAAAGGAACCCCACUUUCUUCGCGGAUAUAUUCAAUAUCCCAAUUUCGACUUUGAAAGCCGUUGGCAAUUUCUUGGGCAACGCAGCGGGCAGUACCAGUGUUUCGGUUCAGAAGUCAGCUUCUGUCCAAGCAGAAAAAGAUUUGUCAUCGAAGCAUGAUUCUUCAUCAUCAGUAGCAUCAUCAGACGCUCAGAUCUCAGUACAAACUCCGAGUGCAUCUAAAUUCAUUGAUGACAUUCUUGCCAUUCCAAUUAAUACUCUGGGGGCUGUUAAUAAAUUUUUAGAAAACAACGUUCCGGCGAGGAAAAAUGUUCAGGUUUCAGAUGACGGAGGUGAACCAACAAAAGUGAGGCUGGGGCCACAUGCGAGACGACGGGCAAACAAGCGAGUCGUGGUCGUCGAACAACCACCUCAACAACCCGAGGAAGCUAAUCCUGUAUAAUUAGUAUAAAGUAGUUGAUAUAAACCAUGUGAUAAAUAUACCCUUUGAGCUGAAAUAAAUCUACAUGUAUAAUAAUAAUACUAUUUCGACGAGUACCAUCAUAAUUUAUGUAAAUCAAUUCAUAAAAUUAAUCAGAAGUUGGUCAUCAAUAACUCCACAAAAUUAAAUAUAUAUUACGUAACAUUAGAGGCUAAUUAAUUGUAUAAUUUGCUUUUGCAACUUCGAAUAUUGUUUUACCGCCUACAGUAUAUAAUAUAUACAAUAUUAUUAUACUUAUCAAAUAAAUGAAAAAUUAUCUUCAGUGAGUGACAUCUACACAGAGGCUCAUAUAAAGAACUUUGUUCAUAAUAAUAAUUUGCUAUAAUUAUACAACAAAAGCAAAAUAAUAUAUACUUUUGUUAUUUGUAAUGUUGAUAAUGUAAAUAUUUUCUUUCUAUUAAUAAUUUUUUAUUAUAAGGUUUUAAUUUAUGCAAGCUCAGUACAAAAUAAAUACAGAAUAUUGA